AUGUCUAUUUGGUCAGGAAGUAUAUAUGAAGGUGAAUAUAAAGAUGGUUGGUUUCAUGGAAAAGGAAAGUUUAAUUAUCCAAACGGAGUAAUUUAUGAAGGUGAUUUUGUGAAAGGAUAAUUUCAUGGAGAGGGGAUAUUAACAUAUCCAAACGGAGGAAAAUAUAAAGCAUAUUGGUAACAUGGAAAAAUGAUAAAAGGAGAUUAUUAUUUUGCAGAUAAUUUAAAAUAUGAAUCUUAAAACUGGAAUUAUUGUUAAGGAGAAGAUAGAAGGUUUUAUCCUGAGAUUUUAAAUGGAAUAAAACCUGCAGGUGCAACAUAAAUGACAAAAGAGGAAAAAAAACCUCAUGAUAUCCCUGAAGGAACAUAUGAUGUCGGAGAAGGUUAUUAUGAACCAAUCAAAUCUAUAAUUUAUGAAUAUAAUGGAAAAAUAUUAAGAACUCCUAGUGAAGCUGAAGUUGUCAAUAUCAUAAAUAAAUGCAGAUAUAAUCCAAGAAAAUCUCUUAUUAUUACAGGAGAUAAUGAUAAAAUUAUAAAAAGUGUAACAAAUCCUUAAACACAUUAAAUUUGAAAAAAUACAUACUUUUGACAUUAAAUAUACAUAUAUAGAAGCCUUUUAAAAAUAGAUAAAUUAAAACACUCAUUUCUAAUAUAUUUUAUAAAUAAAUUAAUUUUAAAUUAUAUAAAUAUAUUGAAUAAU